GGGCGUGGGAAAAUUUUGUGUGGGAAAGAGUGGAGUGGGUGGCCAAACAUUCAUUUGAUACAACUUUGUGGCUCGAUGUAAUUUAGAGUGAGAUUACCCCCGUAUGAAUCAAAGACGUUUCUCUGUCAAAAUUAUGGGAACAUAUGAUAACUGAUUCUUGAUUCUUCUUCUUAUUUCUGCCUUUCUUGUUCUUUACUCUGAGCGUGGGAAAAAUAUUUUUAAGGAAUUUGGCGCUUUGGACAUGGGAGUUCACGGUCUUUGGAGACUCAUUGAGCCAUCCGGUAAACCAGUUCCAUUAGAAACACUAGAAAAUAAAGUGCUUGCAGUGGAUAUUUCGAUUUGGUUGCAUCAUGCAGUGAAGGGUUUUCAAGAUUCGAAAGGAGCCCCCGUGCCAAAUGCACAUCUACUUGGUAUUUAUCAUAGAGUUUGCAAACUACUUUAUUUCAAAAUUAAGCCUGUUUUUGUUUUUGAUGGAGGAGUUCCAGCACUAAAAAAGCAGACCAUUGCUAAACGAAACCAAUUGAAAUCAAAGAAUUAUUCCGAAGCUGAUAGACUUCAAAAGCAACUACUCAACACCCUUCUGCAACAUACUGCUAUAAGUAAUGUUCUGUCAGAAAAAACCAAAGCUUCACUCACGGCUCAAACAAAAAAAGUCCGCAAACAUGAAAACCUUUAUGAGUUGCCUCCUACAGAAAUUGAUUCUACAAUAUCCUCCUCCGAUGAGGAUGAAGCAGAGAGUACAUCUGAAACAACGGACUCAAGUCCUACAAAGAAUUGGGAUUUGCACACAAUUGACAUGAAUAGUGUCCAUUUUAAGUCUUUACCGGUUGAUGUGAGACAUGAAAUACUAACGGAAUUGAAAGAGACUCGAAAACAAAAUUCUUGGGGGAGGCUUCAUGAACUACCAAAAAAAAGUGAUGAUUUUUCUUCCUAUCAAAUGAAGAGAUUGUUGAAGAGGCAAUCGGUACAAGCUGCACUAGAUGAGGCAGCCAAAGAAAUGGGGGGUUCAUCGCUUUCCUUAGCGGAACUAGAGUCUAUUCUCAAAGAUCAGGGGAUACAUACCACUACAGAUUCCAUUGGGAAGAGAAUUGCAUCUGAUGAAAAUACCAGAUAUUUGUUUAUCAAAGAUGUCAAACUGGCAAUGGAAAAAGCUAGGAAGCAACAACUGGAAAAAGAAUCUAAACAAAGUCACGUGGAAAACAUAGAACCCAUAAUAGGGCAUGUAGAAAAUGUAUCUGAACAACCCCUCGAAGAGAUAAUUGAAAAUUUUCCUGGUAAUGAGAAUGCAGAGCAGGAUAAAUUACCAAAAAGUGAUGCUAAAACCAAGGCUGACAUUGAAGAGGAAGAAGAAAUUCAAAGGGCUAUAACCUUAUCUCUGGAAGAAGUUGCUUCCACCUCAUCAAAUAAUUCCAAAAGAUUGGAAUUUUCAUUUUUGGAAAACUUUAAUGAUGAGGACUUCGAUUCCGAGUCAGAUGAGGAAGAACCACCUAACAAUAAAGUUCUCUCAUCAGCUCAGCAUUACAUGAUGGAGUACAGUGGCUUAACACCUAAGGAAAUUUCAAAAAUUAUCACAAGUGCUGGUCAAAAUAGUAUGAAAUCAAAACUGAAGACUCACAAGACCAAUGUUUCAGACGAGAAGGCGGCUCCCUCAAAUUUGGGCACAAUUCAUGAACAAGUUGAUGAAACUUCUAUAGAAAAAGAAAAUGUUACAGAAGAAAAGGAGAUCUGUGAAGAAGAUGAACAGAUUCCAGUUAGACCUGAAGAGAAUAUUGAUGAAAACCACUGUGAAAUCAUGUCUGACAGUGAAGGAUCCUCAUGCUCUAAUGAUUUGGUAGAAGUUUCUGGAGAUAAAGAGUCAAAAAAUGCCUUGGAAAUUUUCAUUGAUCCUGAUAAAAACGAUGAUGAUGAUUUAUUUGGAGAUAUUUUCAAAAAGGCAGUGGAGGUUGAAGAAGAGGGUCUUACAGUUACAAUACAACCUCAACAAAAGGUGGAUGAUGACUUGUUUAGUGAUGUUUUUGAAAGGAAGGUAGAUAAGGAAAAAGAAUUCAUUCCAACAGAGCCAAAGAAAAAGGAGCCAGAAAUAAAUAUUACAAAUCAGCUAGUAACACAAGGAACUUCUAAAGAUUCUACCAAGAUCAAACCUAUUGAAUCUGAAAAAACUGAAAACAUUGAAGUGGAUAGAGAAUUGAUCAAAAUUGGUCCAACUGAAAAGGAAAAGUUAGUUGAAGUUGUAAAGGAACCAAUAAAACCUCAAUUAACAUUUAAAGAAAUGUCAGAUAUGAGAGAUAUGCUUCAGAGGGAGAAAAUAGAUCUAAUGGUGGAAAAAUCGAACAAAGAAAGAUUAGCAAGUAAUAUAACAGAUCAAAUGUAUCAGGAGGCUCAGGAACUUCUAGAAAUGUUUGGUCUGCCAUAUGUUGUAGCUCCUAUGGAGGCAGAAGCACAAUGCGCCUUCUUGGAUGUUAUCGAGUUGACAGAUGGAACAAUAACAGAUGACAGCGAUAUUUGGUUAUUUGGGGGAAAGACCGUCUACAAAAAUUUCUUCAAUCAAAGCAAGUAUGUCAUGGAAUUCAAAGCAGAAAACAUAAAACACCAUUUCAAACUGAGUCGCGAACAAAUGAUUCUUUUAGCCCUUCUUGUGGGUAGUGACUAUACCACUGGAAUACAGGGUGUUGGGCCUGUUACAGCAUUGGAGAUAUUGUCAGUAUUUCCCCCUUCUAAACCGGAAGAGUUCAGUUUGUCCCAGUCCCAGUUGAUUUCCGGAUUAAAGGAGUUUCGUUCCUGGUUCACAAAGGGAAAAACUAGCGGUCAUGGACGAGCUUCAUUGAAAAGCAAAUUGAAAAAUAUCACUUUUACAGACAACUUUCCCAGUAUGCAAGUGAUAGAGGCUUAUUUAGAUCCCAAAGUAGAAACAAGCAAAGAAAAAUUCUCUUGGGGUAAGCCCGAUGUGGUAGCUCUCUCUUUGUUUGCUAGAGAAAAAUUUGGCUGGGGUUCAAAGAAAACUGACGAAAUCUUAAACCCCGUUAUCAAAAGAUUAGAAGAAAAUCAGUCACAAAAAUCCAUCAAAGAAUAUUUCAAAACUAAGUUCAAAGUUGAUUCAACUGCUGCAGAAGGAAAAAUGAGUAAGAGGGUCAAGACUGCAGUGGGAAGAUUUGGUAAAACCAGAGAUGAAUUGAUUGCUGAAGAGAUGGAGGAACUUGAAAAGGAAAAGAAAAAAGCAUCCAGUUCAAAAUCGGUUCAAUCCUCCGACAGGAAAACUAGAAAAAAAGUAUCUGAAAGAGAACUUAAAGGUGAAAGGAAGGAAUCGAAGAAUGCUGAAAAGAUAUCUAUCAGAAAGAGAAAUAAAGAAGUAGCAACUGAAGAUGAUAAAGAAGAUGAAAUUAUCAAGGAGUGUAUACCAAAACGUGGCAGAAAAAAGAAAGCCAAUUCUGAAUGUAUUGAAAAUAAAAGCAAGAAGACUCUUUCCAAUGAAAAUGAAAGCUUAAAGAAUAAAAAUGAAGACCUUAAAGUUUCAAAUACUACAAACAGUGACAAUAUAAAAAAACCAUUGGAUUUGAUUACUGAAUUGAAGGAAUACGAAAAUUUAGCUGCUGCAAUAAGAAUGAGGAGAAAGAAGAAUGAAGAAAAAAAGAUUGACUUGAUUAAAGCAAAGCAAAUGGGUCCUCCUAAAAAGAAAGUUAAAAUUUUCGCAGAAUCAUCAGUGGAAGAUAUACCAAAGGACUUGGAAGUUGAUGAAGAUGUUCAACUUUUGGCAGCAACUACCUCCAAAUCUAUGGUGAGAGUUAAGGAAAUUCAACAAGAAGUAAAAAAAGAUCUGGAACGAAGAAUAGGUGAAAGAAAGCCCUCUGAAUUCCACACCAAAGAAGUGAUACAUCAAAGGUUGAGGGAUAAAACUGACUUAUUGAAGAACAAAAUGAAAGCAAUAGAAGUUUUUAGGAAAUCAAAGAAAGGUCCCGGUUACAUGAAAAAACGUGUGAAAACUGUAAGAGUACCAAAGGAGAAUGCUGGUUUAUCAGAAGACAGUGAAUGAUGUACGAAUGAUUUUUUGUGAUUAACAAGUAUUACUUUCUAUAAUACCUCUAUGCUUGGUCAAAUAUAUUGUUUGGACAGCUGAGGGAUGCCGAAUACAUUUUACUGUACAUAUUUUGUUAUUCUUUUAUUUAUUAAUAAAAAUUUUAUACACAUGUUUAAUAAGUAUAUAAAGUGUAAAAUAAAACUAAGAACUAUUACUAUUUAUCAGUAUAUUGAUGUUCAAAGUUUUCAAAAAAUGCAACCUCUCAAGGCAAGAUAUAACGACGUCAAAGUUAUUUCCUGGAUAUUUUGGCCGAGGCCUGCAGAUUUUUAUGAAACCCUGACAUUUCUUUUACAACUCAUCAAAAACGAAGAGGCAGUGGUAAUUCCUUAAAAACAGUGAGGUUUUAUGAUGUCAAAUUUAGCAUGUAUAUUGAUGAAAUAUAAGUGCAUUGGAAAUAAAGUGAAUUUAGGCUUUUCUCAUAUAUUAACACAUUGAUUGCCGACCAACGUAUGGCCUAGAGGACUAGAAUAAUAUGUGUGAUCUUGCUUACGGCUCUCACUAUUCAAUGUAGACUCUAACGACACAUUGUACUGCCAUUCAGUGCACAUAUUUCAUUUUCAGUUAUAGAUUAUACAUAUGACCUGAA